AGGCCGGGCACAGCUCCGCUCACACGGCUGGGCUAGCGCGGCACAGCGGGCGGGACAUGACGGACACCUUGGUGCCCCGGGGCUGCGGGGCGGCGCGCGGCUAUUUCCGAAAGGGAUGUAACCCUUUGGCUGAGACUGGCCGAAGCAAACUGCAAAAUCAAAGAGCUGCCCUAAACCAGCAGAUCCUGAAAGCAGUAAGGUUGAGAACUGGUGCUGAAAAUCUUUUACGAGCAACCACCAACAACAAAGUGCGAGAGCAGGCACUUCUUGAACUGAGUUUUGUAAACUCAGACCUACAAAUCUUAAAGGAGGAAUUAGAAGGACUUAAUAUCUCAGUGGAAGUUUAUCAGAAUACAGAAGAGACUUUUAGCAUUCCCCUGAUACCACUUGGCCUGAAGGAGACUAAAGAAGGGGACUUUACAAUCCCUCUUAAGGACUUUAUCUUGGAACAUUACAGUGAAGACAGUUCUGACUAUGAAGAUGAAAUAGCUGAUCUUAUGGAUUUGAGACAAGCCUGCCGUACUCCCAGCAGAGAUGAAUCCGGCAUUGAGAUGUUGAUGAGCUAUUUCAUUCAACUUGGCUUUGUAGAGAACAGAUUUUUUCCACCUACCAGACAAAUGGGGAUUUUAUUUACCUGGUAUGAUUCCUUCACAGGCGUCCCUGUCUGUCAGCAGAAUUUGUUGCUAGAAAAGGCCAGUAUUUUAUUUAAUAUUGGAGCCCUCUACACACAGAUUGGUACAAGAUGUAAUCGGCAGACCAAGGCCGGACUUGAAAAUGCUGUUGAUGCUUUUCAGAGAGCUGCAGGUAUUUUAAACUACCUAAAGGAAACAUUUACUCACACACCAAGUUAUGACAUGAGCCCGGCCAUGCUGAGUGUACUGGUCAAAAUGAUGCUUGCUCAAGCUCAAGAGUGUGUCUUUGAGCAGAUCAGUCUACCUGGAAUACGAAAUGAAUUUUUCACACUAGUGAAGAUGGCUCAAGAAGUUGCUAAGGUUGGAGAGGUUUACACGCUUGUUAACACUGCAAUGAAUCAGGCACCAGUCAAGGCGAACGUCCCUUAUUCCUGGUCAAAUAUGGCAAAAAUAAAAUCAGACCAUUACAAAGCUCUGGCACAUUACUUCGUUGCUACUCUACUGAGUGACCACCAGUUGCAUCCCAGUGAUGAUGAAGACAAACAGGAAAAGGCCUGGUUCCAACUGCAUGACUGCAUGCCAGAAGGACUGACGUCCCUAACCAUUUUAAGGGAUAAAGUUCAGCGAAAACGAUUAGGGAAAGCACAUUUACGCAAGGCCAUUGUUUAUCAUGAAGAAGCACUGAGGGUCUGUGGUUUGUGCAAAAAGCUUCGGAAUAUUGACAUUCUUCAGGAGAUUCUGACAGUUGCUCACAAGCGUUCACUUAUCAAGUAUGCUCAGCAUGAGCAGGAAGAUGACUUCCUGAGUUUAAUGGAAGCUUCCUCUGUCCUUCCUAAAACAGAGCAUAAAGUAGAAAUGAUUGUUCCUCAGUUCUCCAAGGUGAAAGUGAAAGACUUCUUUGAGAGGCUGGGUCCAUUGCCUGUGUUUUCAGCCAAGCAGAGAUGGACAGUCCCACGCACUAUUAAUUUCCAUUGUCAAGAAAGGGGAUUGGGAUUCACUCUUAAAGGGGGCCCACCUGUGCAAGUUCACUGUCUUGAUCCAGAGUGUUCUGCAGCAUUAAAGGGUCUGAAAGAAGGAGACUAUAUUGUUUCAAUUAAUGGCCUGGAUUCCAAAUGGCUGGAAGUGAAUGACGUCUUGGAAAAGUUCAAAAGCAUGAGAGAGAACGACAUUGAGAUUAAGGUUAUUAGUUGUCAGGAUACGAUGGCUUCUGUGCAUAAUAAGAGUGCCACUUACUCCGUGGGAAUGCAAAAGACAUACUCCUUGAUCUGCUUAGCCAUGGAAGAGGAUAAAAUCCAUGAGACCAAGAAAGCCACUCCAAAACUGUCCUUUCUAAGUUGGGGAACCAAAAAUAGGCAGAAGGCUGCAAGCACCCUGUGCCUUCCCUAUGCUGUAGCUGGAAGUUCUCAGACUAAGAAGAAACUUGAUUCUCGCUUGACAGUCCUGGACACUGAAAGUUCAUUGUACUGAGUCUUUAAAGAGAAGAAUCUGUUUAAUGUGAAACUAUUUCUAAAUGCAGAAGAAUCUUUGUGCAUGUGCCAGAAAUGUGAAACAUAUAUGGAAGGGGCUUGAUAAUAAUCUUUUAUACCUGUGUAAAUAGAGACUCCACUGACAUGAAGUGUAGUUACUGUGCAUUUACACUGAUGCAACUGGAGGCCAAACGGUGCAAAAUAGUAACUUUGAAAACUAAUUGUUUAGAGUUUGAACUUACAUGUACUGUUUGAUCAGAAUCAGAAGUAAUGUGUGGGGUAUCGGGGAAUCAUAUGUAAAAAACAAAAACUUACUUUAACUGAAACUGGACUCUCUUGGAAUUUCAGUAUGGGGAUGUUUCAGUUCAUUUCAAUGCACACUUUAGAUGACAGUUAUUUAUUACAUAUGAUACUGUAUAUAGAGUAGUACUGGACAUAAAAUGAAGGAUUUUUUUAAAUGUAAAAGUUUAGUACUCAUAACAAAAAAUUGCUAAGCAUCAGUUUAAACUAAGGCUAACUAAAGAACAAAUGACAAGAACAGAGGAGUUUGUUAUGACAACUAUUACUCACUUAGGUGAAAUUUACACUGUGCAAAGGAACAGUACAAGGCCUAUGUACCCUGUAGCUCACACUUUGAGCCCUCUUGAGUGUUUUCCUUCUACAUAAAUGUGAAUUUCACUGUAGAAAAAGAAUAAUUUCAAUAACUUAACUAUCAAAAGGAGAUCACAUUUCAGCUACAAAAGACUCGGACAGCACUAAUUAAAAAAAAAACAAGAUUAACUUUUAAUAUCUUACGUCUUGUUAAAUUCAUUAGAAACAAGGUUUGCUCCCAACUUGAAAUUAUUUAACUCAAAAUACAAACUUUUUGUAGUAUUAGCCUUGUUAAAAUGAGUGAAAGUUAUGUAUAAUUUCAGACUUCUACAGCAAAAAUAAUCAGAGUCAAAAUACACAAUUUAUGAUCACACUUUUAAAGUGUCUACUUUUAAAAUGGUCUUUAAGUCACUCAGCAAUAAAUCAUUAUUUUAUUAUAUAGUGCCAAAUGAGAGCUAGGUGCUUUAUGGACAUAUGAGAACAAGGGCUAUGCUUCAAAGAAUUUACAAUGCAAGUAGCCAAAUCCACCUCCAUAUUGAACUAAAGCAAAUUAGGAAGCCAUCUAAAGUGCAAUUGUGUGUUAAUUUCCUUAUGAGAGAAGAUUUGU